GGAUAUGGACAUACAACACGAACCCGUCUACAAAACAACCAGAUAUAUUCCCCCCUUCAGACAGCAGAUGGCACGCAGUGGGAGCAAAGAAAGUAACAGGCAUCCCAGGAAAAAUCCACAAAGAUCAGAUCAUCGACCCACUAGCGAUCAGGGAAGAAAAAAAACACGAAGAUCUGCUGUGGGACAUGGAGACAAUCAGGACCAAGACAGCAGAAACGUGCCAGGACACUAAUCUAGACAACAACACCCUGUUGCAGGAAGCAAAACAGACCCUCGAACACCGCCACCCCAAACCAGAGAUCCCCCCCGCUCUCAAACGGAAUGCCUCUCCCUCCGCCAAGAGCUCCCAAGAGGACAGGGCAGGCAAGAAGAGGAGAGCAACGGAGGAGGGCUCAGGGAAGCCAGCCAAGGGGAAAACAGUGGUCGGAAUCCCGCAGUCCAAGAAUUUUUUUGAUCUGCUGCGCAUGAACGCCGAACUCUCGGAGUUCAGCGCCUUCAGAUAUUACGAAAAGAAGAGGGAAAGAGAAUCGGCUGGAACAGACACCAACACAGGUUUCGACCCCCAAACUUCGACAGACUCCAUCCGAGACAUGGUUUCCAAGAACUGGAAACCGUCGAAGGGAAGGGACAAGAGGCCGAAGGGUCCCCCCAAGGACGAAGCAGGCAGCAAGAAUGAACAGCGCAGACUCACGCAGGAAAUAGCAACAGUGGCAGCACAGACAAAAAGGUUGUUCGACCAGAACCAGGACUACAAAAAGGAACAAGGAGAGAAAUUCAUAACAGUCCGGAUGAUCGCUGAAAACAAGGYGCCYGACGUCCCCAAAUCAGCAAGAGUUGAUAGGGGGACCACGAGGGCGGUAAGACCGCUGAUCCCAGUCCGGUUCAGGAACAAAUUCAAUGAGUGGCAGGUGGCCACAGACGCAGCGUUCACAUUUCCCACCCUCGACRAUGACAAUGCCCUGGCCAGGAACAYCAGGRACAAUAUUUCAGCGGAGAUCCCGCYGGGGGUGUUUGGGAUCCCGCCAAGGGAACAGAYAGCCGAAGGGAAGGCGUUGGAAGAUUUGAUCCUCACCCCUUUCGACCCCAUCCUGGUCAAGCUCGACGAGAAAGCCAAACUCUGYGAAGGCCUGACAUGGAGGGCUUGGGACACGRUCACAAUGYUGCCUUACAACGUGYUGAACGGAAGGUUCAGCACAACCGACAUCAUUGCAGAUUCGCUGGCCGACAUCAUCAGGACCCGCAUUCUGACCUCCAAGACCUCGCUGCAGGACGAGGCGACCCCCAUCUACGUGGACAUGGGGAAGGAAGAAGCGGACAUGGAGGACGAUGAGGAUGACGGGAUGGAAGUGGGCGACAAGAUCUCCCCCGGAGGAGACGACGAGGAGCCACGCUCGACAACAGAGAGCAGCGCUGGCGAGUACAGCCUGGGAUCCUCAGCGACAAGUGAGGACAACAGAGACGAGGACACCGACGGCAGCAAGACCCAGGCAGCAGCAGACUAAAUAACUCACCACCUGGAAGAAAUAAAACCCCACCUUAAGC